ACUUUAUCUGUCUUCAAUACCAAUGCUUGUCUUGAAUAUUUUCAGUUACCUCAUCAACCAAACUAUUCAUCUAACUUGGAUACAUCUGAGCGGGUGCUUCAGGUGCUUGCCAUCUCACCUAUUGCAACAAGAAUUUUUGAACAGGUUUCUAGUAAAGAUCCAAUGAGUGCCAAUUACUGGCAUGUUCCAAUAUUCCAACCUGCAUGGAUGAGUUACAUGCUUUAUGUUGGAGGCCUUACUUUUGCAGAAAAGUCACCUGAGAAGCAACUGCAGGUACCAAACCUUAUUGCUGCACAACAUUUUGCAAAUGCUGUUUUGGAUCAUUAUGGGCUGCAUGUAAGUGAUAUUACAAAUGCUCUUCAGAAAGUUGUAUCAACUGGAGAUAUCUCAGAAUUGCUGGGUUUUUAUAAUAGAGUAAUGAUCAAACGUGAUGUUGGUGAUGAUGAUCUCAGGAAUAAAUUAGAAGAACAUCAUCGUGACAGCUUCAAUUAUGCUUUGCUCAAAAAUGGACUCCUGCAGCCCAAUAUAGAAUUUGAAUCACCCAUUACAACUGGAUGGAUUGAUUUGUUGAUCAAGACUGUUACAAAUCGCAUAAUUAUUACUGAGUGGAAGGUGCUCAGGAUCAAUUUCAUAGACAUUCAACCUGCUAUAUUACAACCUGGUAUGAAAAAAUCUGUAGAAUUUCAAAAAGCAUUAACACUAAGCAAUAUCUCAGAUAUAACUUCAGUACUUCAACUAAGGAUUUCCUCCUAUGACAAAUUUGGUAGAGGUGGAAAAACAAUCCGUGAAUGGAUUUUGAAGCAGGGUCCAAGUGACCAGUUGAUAAAUUACAGGGCUAGUCCUGAAAUCACUGAACUCCGUAAGACCUACAAGGCUGUUGCUUAUCUAGUGGUUAUUGUUGGUUCUCGUAAGAUUUUGCUCUGGCAGUUGAGCAACAAUGGCAAAUUUCUGGAGGAACCUCUACUGUCAAGCUGGUAA